GCGCGCGCGUGAGUAUCGUAUGGUUCAUGACCAUGACAGCUACUUACGCAGUAAACUCCUUGGUCAUCUUUCACUAAGCGUAACGCUCAGGUAGAAAUGCUUUUAUGGAGAUGUCAAUAUGGUUGGUGUUUAUUUUCGGGCCGCUGUGCUACGGAAACCGUACGUUUCUCUCGAGGACGUAGGCUAUUCGGUCAUUUAGACAAGAUGGGAAACGACUGCAGCAUGACUGUUAGCGCAACCGUGCAUGGCAGUAGGUUUAUCCAUGCUAAAGGGCGAUACUUAAUACUGGAGAUACAUAUUAUUCUGCUUGAAACACCUUCACGGCACACCCUGUCAGGAGAAGAAUUAAGCAGAAACAGACGAGCAUAUGAUUUCAACCAACAGCCACAACCAUAGGCAAUUUUGCUGUACAGCAGAUUGCCAGUAUGGUGCUUCUACUUCAACUGUUUUUUCUACUGCCUCUAAGUCAUGUCUAUGGAAACUCUCAUUCUCCUCUUACCACCCAUUCAGAUCACAAACAGACUCAUGUGAUUGUCAGAAAAACAGAUCAUGCACUGACUGCCAGUACGGGAUUAGAAGUUUCCAGACCUUUUCUCCAAGGUUUCUACGGGAAAGGUUUCAUUACAUCAAGUAGGCUUUCAAAUCAAAGGACUGAAAGAAAUCCUGAGGACAAAUUGUCAGCAAAAAUACCACAUAGCAGCAUUAUUAGGUCUAAAGGUCAGAUUUUUAUAUCACCCAAAAACCGAGUCAAAAGAGGUCCUUACCAAAACGCCACACUACCACAAGAGGAAAAAGAAAAAGAGACUAAAGAUGUCACAGUUACUCAAUUUAAAAAUAAGGGCUUGUCAACAGUUGGAUCAGAUGAUGUGACAAUAGCUGAUAAAAAAGCUUUUGUUGGGUCAUCAACAGAGACUCUAACAUCUCCCAGUAAAAAUAUCCAGUAUAGACCACAAGGUCAGACUGCUCAUGGUGUACUUGAUAGGUUGACCUCAACACCUACUAAUCCAACAUUCAACACUUCACUCCAGACCAACCUUUCUGCAACUGUAGCACUUAAUGAAAAGCUUACAUCCACUACCAAUGGGAUGAUCCAACUGGAUGCCAACAGGACUGUAUCGGAAAAAGAUAGGCCGGGCAUAACCAUUCCAACAAGAACGCAGCCAAAAAGAGAGUUUACCACUGUGCGAUCAGAUGUUGAAACCACCUCUCCUAGCACAAGCAUAAGUAAUCUACAACUAGAGGCUCCAUUACCAGGAGUGGACGUCAUUAGUUUUAACUAUUCACAACCAAAAAAUAAUUUACAGUCAACGAGUUCAGCAAAAAUCAGCAUAGACCAGUCAAGUGAUCCUGGAACUAAAGGAACAGUGACUAAAAUAAACAGCACUAGAGGUAAGCCCACUUUUCAAAGGACUACCUCCCCUCUCCAAAUUGGACAUGGACAUUUUGUGUUUGAAAAUGACAGACGGUUUACCGAAAGAGACCAGUCAAUAUCUGUGGGAACAGUUCCAUCUUUGAAGUCAAACCCUGGCUUUCCUACCCGUGCCCAACCCAUUGAUCCCUGUGAUACUGGAGUGGGUCCCUGUGUUUCUUACAAAGACGAAGACAAAGCUAAAAAUCAUGAAACAACAAAUGGCAGCUUUUUAGUGUGGGCAGAUUUGAAACGCACAUUAUCAUUUGCAUGGGAACUGCAUGUGUUUGGUUCUGCUGCCCUCUUCCUUCUACUUACUGCCGGUUCAAUCCUCGGCUUAGUAUUAGCUCCCAGCUUGAAUUGCCCUCAUUGUGGUGAGCUUAUACUCACCAAUAGUCUUUUGCUUUUUGUGGGUGUAAUUAGAGCUGGGCACUUUUUGCUCGACCCAUAUGGGACACGGCUCCUCUUGCCACCUCCUGUAAUAAUAGCUUUAUACACGCUACCAUUGCCACUGUUAAUUUUGGCACAAGCUGCACUAGUGAUAUUGGUACUAAAAGAAGCAGGAGUAACUUGGUUACCGCCAGCAUUUCAGCGGCCCCCUCUUUUAGGAGUGUUAGCUGUUUUACAAUGCACUCUCUUACUGGCGGCAGACUUACUUUCCCCUGCUCUUUCACCUGCUGUUCCUGUCGUCCUGCAGAGUCUCACGCUGAUAGCAGGUCUGGCCUUGUGUUUUGGCUAUCUUUUUUUGGCAUUGCCGAGGCUUCCUCGUACUCGUGAUGCACGAGGAGGAAAUAAGGGAACAGGCGAAGGAAAGAUGCAGGUUUUGGCACGGGUUCUGGUAGUGUGCGCUCUCCUCGGGAUAUUGUGUUGUCUGUUGCACAUUUAUGCCUGCCUGUGGCUGUAUGGACUACUAGGAGACUGGAGGCGCUUUCGUUGGGGAUGGUGGCUCUGUCAGUUCUGGGUACGACUGCUGGAGCUUGCCUGGGCUUUUUGUCUACUUUUGGUGUCCUCCUGGGUCUUCUGGAGACCCAAUGGAGGCCACAUAUGUGGAGCACAAAGACAGGAAGGAGAAGCCCCUGAAAGCUUGCCCUCACCGACUCAAUCAUCAAACUCUUCCAGCAGACAUACAUGCUGGGCAAAGAUUGUGCAGAGCUUUAAGGUAAGGCAACAAAAAAAAUCAGAAAGCAAUGGGAUUGGAGGAUCUAACAGUGGGACAAUGACUGGAGAGCUGCCCAAUAACUGGGCUGGACAGGAGCGAUCAGGAGCGGACAUUAGCAAGAGCCUCAUACGAAAUCGUGACCCACUCAAAGACAGCAAUCACGGACGCAAUCUGAAGAGCUUUGCAGGAGGCUCUGCAGGUUCACUGCUACGACUGCAGGCUCUUGCUCAGACACCUCGGUCUUUAAGCAACAGUCUGGACAGGGACAAGGAGUCAGCCCUUUCUCUCUUCGAUUUUGACCUGCGCCCUCCAACCCCGAUCGACCUUACCCGCAGUAUUGACGCGGCACUUAAUCGCGAGCAUCUGUUUAUGGGCGAAAGUUUGUUUCACCCAUUGCGACCAGUAUCGCCUCCUCCCUCUCCAGACCUGUGGAUGCGACGGAAUAGUGACCCCCAAAUUACACUGUCACUUAGUAGUGAUGAACACACUUUGCUCACAGAGUCCUCUGCAGGUCUAGAUCGAUCCAUUCCCAGUGCUGUGCCAAGCCGCCAGGUCACAGCCCCUCCUACACCCACUCAUCAAGGCUUCCGUUGGGUCUCUGAGAUACCGGUGCCUUCUUCUUUGUCCUGCCCAGUAUCUUUGCAUCCUUCCCCAAGCACAAGUCAUGCCCUAAUUCCAAGUGCAGAUAACACAAGGCCGUUUCUAACCCCUGACUUUGAUAGUUCGCAAUCAAACAGCAGAGGUGGACGCAGUUACUUGAAAGUCACUCGAAAUGAGGACUCUGCAAGUGUCAGCAGUGACAUUAUUGACCUUUAAACAUGAUCAUGCUACAUUAUAGUGGUAUUGGUGAUGGCACUUAACAGCUACAGGUUACAACGCAUUAAUUAAGCAGAUAUUAGUGAAUUAUGACUUGCUCAGAUGGACUGACUGUAGUAAUGGUAUUUGAAAUAAAAACGGAACAUUGUUGAGUGACUGAAUGUGUUCAUUCAGGCAAUCAACAUCGAAUCGCUCAAACUAUUUAUUGAUUUCCUUUCAAAAGUCUUGUUUACAGCAAUGCACAUACAGUAGUAUCCCAAGGACAAGGCAUUCCAGAGACAGAAAUUUGAAGCUUAUAUUUUGUUUUUACUGUUGUUUUUGUGCAAUUGUUCGUUAUUUGACCUGUACGGCAAAUUAACUUCUAGUUAUGUGUUGUUUGUGUCUUUAUUGCUUGUGGAGUUCAGUCUCCUGUUGUUAUAUAAUGUUUAGUGGCUUCACCUUUGCAGUAGUGCGUGUUUUAAUGUCAAUGCCAGUUUAUGCAGUGCCUUGUCCCAUAGAGCAACCUAAGUGCUUCCUUAGCAUGCAUUGUAAACAGCUGUGUCUGGAUAGUGUUUAUUUUUCUUUGUAAUGCAUUUCAAUAGAAAUUAUACUGUAUGUUUUGGAA